CAGGCAGCUUGCCGAGACAUGGGAGCAGAGCUUGUAACUAUUUAUUCAGAAGAUGAAAAUAACUAUAUCAUAGAAAGGGCCAAGAUCAUGAACUCAGAUUUCUGGUUAGGAGCCAAUGACAGAGUACUGGAGGGAACAUUUGUCUGGGGAGAUAGUUCUGAUCCAGUGAUCAUACAUAACUGGCGUUAUUUGGAACCGAAUGGUGGUACUGAGGAAAAUUGUGUUUACAUUACUAAAACAUAUAAUUUUUAUUGGGGUGAUUUAAGAUGUUCUACAAGUUUACCCUACAUAUGUGAACACGCUCUUUCAGAUUGUCCACUUGGAUGGGUGAUCCCUGAAAAUAUGACUUCAAGCUCCUGCUAUUUAUUCAGUACAGAUAGUAAGAAUUGGGAAAGUGCACAGAUUGAAUGCCAUAACAAUGGAGCAGACCUUGUAGCUAUUAACUCAAUGGAGGAAAUGCUUUAUAUUAAGGAACAAGCGAAAGACAGGAAUUCACAUUUUUGGCUAGGAGCCAAUGACAGACUGAACGAGGGAAUAUUCGUAUGGGGAGAUCAUAAUGAAACUUUGUCCGUAGCUGAUUGGCUGGUAUUCCUUCCAAACGGCGGCACAAAUGAAAAUUGUAUAUAUAUUAGUAAAACUUUCCGUUUCAAUUGGUUUGACAUUACAUGUUCAAACAGUAAUCCUUUCAUCUGUAAACAAGGAUUAAAAUAGCAAACAGUUUAAGAAGAUAUGAUGAUGGUGAUAAAUGAUGAAGACAGGCAUUUAAUCAAUCAAUGAAAAAAAAACCAUAUUCGAUUGACUUUGUUAAUUUUUG